UGCCUCUGCCUGAAGCCGGAUGGUGCUCGCAUUCUCGCGGAGGCCGGGCUGGGCGUGGGCCGGCAGCGGAGCAGGGAGGGAGUUAACGUUAACUCCUCCCCUCCCCCUGACAUCACUGGACGAGCGAGGGGGAGGCUGGCGCUGGGCGUGUGAGAGAAAGAGCGAGAGGAGGGAUCGUGGCUUCACUCUGUGCCCAGGCAGCUCCACAACGUUGCGGAUCGCCUCGGCCCGGCAGAACGGCGGUGGAGGCGAGGACACGUGGCGCACCCGCCUGGCUCUCCUCUCGGAGUCUCACAGCCCGAGCAGCCCCGGCUGCCGGCCACUGGGCCGCGAGCCUACUGCCUGGGCCCCGAGCCCACCAAGCCGCCCGCCCUGCCCGCUGCUUGGGCUCGUCCACUCCCCACCCCUCCCCCUCAGAGGACGGUGGGCCAUGGACGCCAGCAAGUUGGAGGCGAGCGCGAGGGUGUGAGUGCGCCGGAGCCGGGAGCCCCACGCUGCUGGGCACCCGGGCUUCUAGGGGGUGGGUCCCUCUCUCCAGACCGCUCUGUGUGGAAGAAGAGGGUGGGGAACGGCGCGGGGAGGAGAACAGAGGAGGAAAGGGGGCAUGAUUUGUGCAACCAGCGACGGGCAUCUGCCGAGCCUCUGAGCCACCGGUAACCUAGGGCCUGGAUUGCUGCCGUGCUGAGCCCACCCCACCCACCCAGCCGCGGCCAACCGCUGCGGCUUACCUGGAUCCUCGAGCGCGCGCCGGCCGCCAAGGGUCUGUCUUCAUCUUCCACCUGGUUUCUGGAGCUCGAGGAGCGCUUUCCUCGAGACCCUUCUCGCUGGAUCUCCGGCCCCCAAUGGCUCGGAUGGGGCUAGCGGGUUCCGCUGGACGCUGGUGGGGACUCGCUCUCGGCUUGACUACAUUCUUCCUCCCUGGUGCCCACACCCAAGUGGUCCAGGUGAACGAUUCCAUGUAUGGUUUCAUCGGCACAGAUGUGGUGCUGCACUGUAGCUUUGCCAACCCACUGCCUGGUGUAAAGAUUACCCAAGUCACAUGGCAGAAGGCCACCAAUGGCUCCAAGCAGAACGUGGCCAUCUACAACCCAGCCAUGGGUGUCUCUGUGCUGCUUCCCUACCGUGAUCGUGUGGAGUUCCUGCGGCCCUCCUUCACUGAUGGCACCAUCCGCCUAUCCCGCCUGGAGCUGGAGGAUGAGGGUGUCUACAUCUGCGAGUUUGCCACCUUCCCUGCUGGCAAUCGAGAGAGCCAGCUUAAUCUCACUGUGAUGGCCAAACCCACCAACUGGAUAGAGGGUACCCAGGCAGUACUUCGAGCCAAGAAGGGGUAUGAUGAUAAGGUCCUGGUGGCUACCUGCACCUCAGCCAAUGGGAAGCCACCCAGUGUGUUGUCCUGGGAAACACGGUUGAAGGGUGAGGCAGAGUACCAGGAGAUCCGGAAUCCCAAUGGCACAGUGACUGUCAUCAGCCGCUACCGCCUGGUGCCCAACCGGGAAGCCCACCAGCAGUCCCUGGCCUGCAUAGUCAACUACCACAUGGACCGAUUCCGGGAAAGCAUCACCAUCAACGUGCAGUACGAGCCCAAGGUGACCAUCGAAGGAUUUGAUGGGAACUGGUACCUGCAACGGAUGGAUGUGAAACUCACCUGCAAAGCUGAUGCUAACCCCCCAGCCACAGAGUACCACUGGACCACGCUGAAUGGCUCUCUCCCCAAGGGUGUGGAGGCCCAGAACAGAACCCUUUUCUUCAGAGGACCUAUCAAUUAUAGCCUGACGGGGACCUAUAUCUGCAAGGCCACCAACCCCAUUGGUACCCGCUCGGGCCAGGUGGAGGUCAAUAUCACAGAUGAAGAGGUUCAGCCACCUGACCUUUCAGGGCAAAGGGAGAACAGGCUAGGAUGUUCUGGAGGAGACUUCACACAGAAAUUCCCCUACACCCCAUCUCCUCCUGAACAUGGGCGGCGGGCCGGCCCAGUACCCACGGCCAUCAUUGGGGGUGUGGCAGGGAGUAUCCUGCUGGUGCUUAUCGUGGUUGGCGGGAUUGUGAUGGCCCUGCGCCGGCGCCGUCACACCUUCAAGGGUGACUACAGCACAAAGAAGCAUGUGUAUGGCAAUGGCUACAGCAAGGCGGGCAUCCCCCAGCAUCACCCACCCAUGGCCCAGAACCUGCAGUACCCUGAUGACUCAGAUGACGAGAAGAAGGCCGGCCCACUAGGAGGGAGCAGCUAUGAGGAGGAAGAGGAGGAAGAGGGUGGUGGAGGGGGUGAACGCAAGGUGGGAGGCACUCAUCCCAAAUACGACGAGGAUGCCAAGCGGCCCUACUUCACAGUGGAUGAGUCCGAAGCCCAUCAGGACAGCUAUGGGGACCGGACUCUGGGCUACCAGUAUGACCCUGAGCAGCUGGACUUGGCCGAGAACAUGGUUUCUCAGAAUGAUGGGUCUUUUAUUUCCAAGAAGGAAUGGUAUGUGUAGUCUCCUCUCUAGAGCCUCUGUCUUCACCCCUUCUCCCCAGCCCCUACCCAUACACCCCCUGCCUUUCUUCCACUUACCCCUCACUGCCAAAUCCUCCACAAACUGAUAAGAGACUCACCCAACUACCCAAAGCCAGCUCCUUACUCCCAGGGAGCCAGGGAGUUCAGGGCAAAUACCACCUGCUUUGUUUUGAUUCCCUCCCUGUCCCCUGUUCUCCUCAUGGUGUCAUGCUCGCUAUGGCUUUGAUAUUCCUGUACCUUUCCUCCCUAACUGCAGCCUCCUGCCCUUUGUACAAGAUGCCAAUUCUUACCUUGUGUACCUAGGCAUCUGUCUCUCCAGGGUUUGUGGAGCCAGCCCUCCCCUGUCCCAACACUGGAAUUUCUCUGUGUUCUCUCCACUGGGGGCAGGAGGCUGCAGGGCCUCCCAGAGGAAAAGCCUUACCCCCAGAUACUGCUCCUUUGUUCCCAAGAAGAGGGAACUCAACACCCCCAACAUGAGCUGACACAGCUGGGAAUUUGAACCCCAGUCUAGACAGAAGUUUCACCCAAGAGGUAGGGUGUGAGGUGUGACUUCUGAAGCACCCAGGGUUGUCUGGGUAAAUCAGGUUGAAUAGAGUUGAGGUCCCCCUGGGGCCUUAGGCAGUGUGUUUUCCUCAUGAGGUUGUUUUUUUUUUCCUUGUUAUCCUAGAGAGUAAUGUCCUAAGUGACCCUCUUCUUUACCCAUUGGCUCCCCACAGAAUGGGACUCCAAGGUGUACUCUGACCCACACUUCCCACAGCUCUACUGACAGACACAUACCCACAUACACACACACCACUCAUGUCUGCUUCUGUGCACCCCCAAAAAUACAUACUUUACCCAGGCUGGAUACUGACCAAGGCUUGCCCCUUUCUGUUCCAUUUCUUUCCCAUUCCCCCCUGACAGUGGAGAGGCCUUCAGAAGCCUUUAGGAUAGCUGAGACUAGGUCCCCAAUGCCUCCACCUAGUAUCUCAGGCUGGCCCUAAACUGCUUCUCUGGCAUGGUAGUUUCUCAGAUUUUUCUUAUCUAUUCAGUGCUAGCAACUCUUGAUUCUCUUGGGGAGUCAGGGCUGGCAUGCCAGAAGGGAAAUGCCUCUUGGAGUUAGAGGUGAACAAGUACCCAGGUGGAGGGUAUAGGGAGGAAGCCCUGUGAUAGAAGCUCUGCAAAUACAGUCACAGACUCUGAAGGGUGUAGGUAGCACCUCACCCACGAAGGCCAGAAAGUGCAAGAGGAAUAGGGGAACCAGGGAUGCUGAGUCAGAAGCUCCUACUUGCUCCUGCUCACCACUCUCUACUUCCUGUUAGCUAUUCCUGGCCUUUGUUCUGGGUGAGGGACACCUUGGAGAAGUUUUCCCUUUGAGUUGUAGAUUUCCCCCUUGAAUGGACUUCUGAGUUCCUGUCAGUCACCCAAGACUCAGUCUUCUCAUCUCUAAAAUGGAGGGAGUGUCCUCCCAGCCCUCUCAGUUCCCUUAGCUCAAAGUGCCUCAGUUCCUCCAUCUAUAUUCAUUGCCCCCUAUACCUCACUCCUGGCACUCUAGAUAAGAAAGAUCUUGUGAUGGGAGAGGCAGGUUCAUGCCUGCCCAUUAGGAUUCUGGUUAAAUCAGCCCAGGGUGUCAGGAGCUCUAUGGGAUGGCAGCUGUUGGGGGUAGGGGACAGACCACUCUGUUUACCAUGGACACUAGCCAUCUCUGCCAUAGGCUUCCUAGGAAAGCUCCCAGCUCCAUCCUCUACCCCAUUUCUUCCUGGUGCUGCUGUUAGACCCCUAACCAGCUCUAUCUCUGUCCUGGCAACCCUGGGCCCACCAUGUGGGCCGCCCUCACCCGGCCCCCAUUGCCCUAGCCCCAGUCUAGGCCACCCAGUAGCCAUGUAGCAGAAUUCUGAAGCCAUGCCAGCCCUGGGGCCAUUCUCCCCUCUUGGCAUUGAGAGUACUGGAUAGAGUGCGGUUGGGGGAGAAAAUUCUGGGGUCUUACUAGCCACAGGGCAGAGGAGGGGUGGAGGACAUGGGCUGUUUCUCCCAGCAGUGUUAUUGUCCCCCCAAGGCAAAGGACCUUUUCCAUGUCAUAUCACUGCCCAUCUCACCUCAUGCCACUCUGACUCCUGUGCCUGGUUUCCUUGCCCCUAGGCAGGAGGAAAUCCCAGGGACCUGCCUGGUAAAGUCAUUCUCUGUCCCCUUGAAACCAUAAGACCAAAAGGAUUCCUCCUGUGUUGACCUGAACCUGCACUGCCAACCCCUAUUUCUUACUUUAUGAUGGACUUAGAAGGCCCCCAGGCCCAGCCAAAGGGGGACCCAGCACUGAGUCCCCCUUAAGACACCUCCACACCUUCCACCCAAACAAAGCACAAAUUGUUAUGCCUAUGCCACAUGCACUGGCUGCAUGGGAGCUCCUGCCUAGCCCAGAAUCCAAUUGCAGCAUUACCAACAGGGAAACUGCUCCCCAAGGCCAAGAGUGGGCUUGAGGCAGGGGUCAGCACUUGGGCUGGAGAGAUGAGUUUUCUGUGCCCCAAGUUUGUGAGCAUGUAAGCAUUGCUGCUGGGCCUACAGACACAGCCUCUAGCAAAGGGAAGAUGUGGCCGAUCAGAAAGAAGAGGAUGUUCUCCUCUGUGAUACCAGCAUGAGCUAAGCUUCUUCCCUUGCUGGAAAUGAAAUAAACUUGGUAUUCAUUGUGCCAAGAGCUUUCCAGUUGUCAUCCUGCCUCUUCUUGCCCUCCCUGCCCUUGCCCAGCCCCUGCUCCAUCUGUAUAUUUCCUUAAGAUUUUGAUUAUCUAAUGUGUAAUAGAAUCUCUGAGCCCCUUCUAUCAGAAAAAUCUGAAAGGUAGCAGCAUGGGAAUGCACGUGCAGCCACCUGAGGCCCAGCCCAAAAGCACAUGGGGAAUACAGACCCCAGCACAGGCAGAGGCAUACACUCACACUCUCAGGCAUGGCAGGGGAAUGGGCUGGUGCUACUGAAAUCCUUGAGAACAAGACAAUGAUUUCCCAGUGUUUAGGCCAUAAGGCAGACUUACAGGAGUUGUGUCUCUUGGACAUGUGCCCCUCUGCCAACCCCCUCCUGUGUGCCCAAAUCACUGGCGCAAUAAUUCUGCCAUCCUCCAAACAGAGGAACCAGGGAUUGUGUUAGGUGGGUGGGGCAACUCACCUUGGAGAAGGAGAUUGCCCUCAGGUCUCCUAGGGGCCAGACAGAGAGUCCUCUGCAGUCUGACUGCCACCAAUAACCCUCUCCUGGUGAGCAGCAGGUAGGUCUCUCCCAGGCCCCACACAUCCACAGGGUAACAUGCUCUGCCCAUGGGUGUCUGGGAAGGAGGCCUGUACCGCCACCACCCAAGUGUAAGGCCAGAGGAACUCUGCCCACUGGUGCUGCUGCUCUUCCCACUACUGCUAUGAGGAAUGGGAUACUUGGCUGGAAAAAAAAUGGUUUUCUUUUUUGUAUAAAUGAAAACAAAAUCCAGGAAAAGCUGCCACAUUCUCCCUCUGAGUGUUAGGCACACACUUUGCUUCAGUUUCUUUGUCCCCAUUUUCAUCUUUGGUACUAGGGAUGGCCCAGGAGAUUCUCCUGGUUCUGACCUGGGGGUGUUUGCAUCACCCUCUUUUACUUGUAUUUAAAAAAAUAAUAAUGGGUUGAAAAAUGUACUGAGGAAAAAAUGUACUCUUUUUUAUAAUAAAUGUUUAAAACAA